CAUACAAAGCCGACUUAUUCCUAAAACUGAUUCCUCUGCAAAAUCUGCUCUCCUUCUCUAACCCCUCCACAAUAUAAAUAAACCCUUUAAUCCCCAGCAUUUGAAGCCACUCCUCUUUCUGCAAACACACAAUACAUGAUGGCUGCUACAGACACGGCUGAGAGAAAGGCAACGCGCUCAGGGCAAGCUCCGCCGCCUGAGCCAGAGCACCUCCCCUGCCCGCGCUGCUCCUCCACCAACACCAAGUUUUGCUACUACAACAACUACAACUUCUCCCAGCCGCGCCACUUCUGCAAGGCCUGCCGCCGCUACUGGACCCACGGCGGCACCCUCCGCGACAUCCCCGUCGGUGGCGGCAGCCGCAAGAACGCCAAGCGCUCCCGCUCCGCCUCCGCCGCCGUGGGGUACAAUGCCGUCUUCUCUCACCCGCCCCACCACCACGACUUCCGCGCCUUCCCCGCCGCGGGGCCGUUCUCCGUCUCCGGCGAUGCUAAAAUCUGCGGGAGCUUCACUUCGCUGCUGAACACCCAGGGGGGCGGGUUCUGGGCUCUGGGCGGGUUCGAGGAGGUGGGAUUCGGGCUGGGGCGGGCUGUGUGGCCGUUUCCUGGGGUGGUUGAGGGCGGGCCCGCGGGUACUGUGGCGGGGAACACGUGGCAGGUUGAGAGUGGGGAGAGUGGAUAUAGCAACGGUGACUAUUUUGCUUUGCCGGAUCUUGCUAUUUCCACACCGGGAGGAAGUUUUAUGAAAUGAUGAUUUAAAUCAUUUAUUUACUUGUGCUUAGGAAAGUGAGAGGGGAGGAAUAUCGAAGUUGGUUUGGUGGCAGAGAUUGUUUUUGCAGUUUUCAUGAAUGCCAAUUGCCAUAGGGGUUUUGGUUGUUUA